AGUGUGUUAGUGAGACAGAGGCAGCUUGGUAACUGUGGGUGUGUGUGCGUGUGUGUGCAUGUGUGUGCGUGGUUGAAUGCAUAUGCUGAAAUCUUUACAGUUUUCUGCUCCCCAAGGAGAAUUCACUUAGCUGACUGCCCUGGUUUUGACAGUCAGGUUUCUCUCUGUUCUGACAGCAUACACGAGGCGGCGAGGCGGAGCUAGUCUGACUGCGACCACAAGCGGGCGCUGUUCCCAGCGGACAUGGCGGACUGCAGGCCAGCGGAGGUGGAGCAUCUGGAGCGGAGGGUGCGGAGGCGACGGGGGCCGAAGGAUGUGAUCGUGUCCAAGCUGAGCCGGAGUCUCUCCUGCUCCACGGCCAGGCUGAAGCGCACCCUCGCCGGGUUCUUCCCUGUGGUAAAAUGGCUGCCCAAGUACAGGCUGAAAGAGUAUGCCUGGGGCGACGCCAUGUCUGGCCUCAUUGUGGGCAUCAUCCUGGUGCCACAGGCCAUUGCUUACUGCCUGCUGGCAGGCCUGGAACCCAUCUAUGGCCUGUACACGUCCUUCUUCGCCAACAUCAUCUACUUCCUCAUGGGCACCUCCAGGCAUGUGUCUGUGGGCAUCUUCAGCCUCAUGAGCCUCAUGGUUGGUCAGGUGGUGGACAGGGAGGUCUACCUGGCAGGGUUCGACCUGAACGAGGAAGGCGAGCAUGCUGGCCUCAGCCUGGAUGGCGGGUGGAAUGGAACCGUGGUCUCCAAUGCCUCCGUGGUAAACCUGACCUUGGGAGGCUACAGCAUGGAGUGCGGAAAGGAAUGCUAUGCCAUCAGUAUUGCGGCAUCAUUGACGUUUCUGGCUGGAGUUUACCAGGUCCUGAUGGCUGUGUUCCGCCUGGGCUUUGUCUCGGUGUACCUCUCGUCUCCGAUGCUCGACGGCUUCGCCACUGGAGCCUCCUUCACCAUCCUCACUGUGCAGGCCAAGUACCUCCUGGGGCUCAAGAUCCCUCGACACCAAGGCUACGGCACGGUGGUGGUCACCUGGAUCAACAUCUUCAAAAACAUCCACAAGACCAACUUCUGCGACAUGAUCACCAGCGCCAUCUGCAUUAGCGUCUUAGUGGCAGGAAAGGAGCUGCAAGAGCGCUACAAGAGCCGUCUGAAGAUCCCCCUUCCCACCGAGCUGGUGGUGGUGGCGGUCGCCACGGUGGUGUCCCACUUUGCCGACCUCAGCGGACGCUACAGCUCGAGCAUCUCCGGGGCCAUCCCCACGGGCUUCAUCCCACCGAAGGUGCCCAGCUUUGAGCUCAUGCCACGGGUGGCCCUGGACGCCAUCCCGCUCGCCGUCAUCAGCUUCGCCUUCACCGUCUCGCUCUCCGAGAUGUUCGCCAAGAAACACGGCUACAGCGUUAGGGCAAACCAGGAGAUGAUAGCGAUUGGCUUCUGUAACAUCAUCCCUUCCUUUUUCCACUGCUUCACCACCAGCGCUGCCUUGGCUAAGACCAUGGUGAAGGACUCCACCGGGUGCCAGACCCAGGUCUCCAGCCUGGUGAGUGCCUUUGUGAUCCUCCUGGUGCUGCUCAUCUUUGCCCCCUUCUUCUACUCCCUGCAGAAGUGCGUCCUGGCCUGCAUCAUCAUCGUCAGCCUGAGGGGGGCCCUGCGCAAGUUCCGGGACGUUCCAGAGCUGUGGCGCAUGAAUAACGUAGACGCUGUCAUCUGGAUGGUGACCGUGAGCGCCUCGGCUCUGAUCAGCGUGGAGAUCGGGCUCCUGGUGGGGGUGGUGUUCUCCAUGCUCUGUGUGGUGGUUCGGACUCAGAACCCCAAAGUGGCCCUCCUGGGCCAGAUCCAGGACACCAGUCACUAUGAGGACCUCGGCGAGUACGACAACCUCCUGGUAGUGCCCAAAGUGAAGAUCUUGCGCUUCCAGGCCCCUCUCUAUUACGCCAACAAAGACUUCUUUCUGAAGUCGCUGUACAAAGCGGUGGGCCUGGAACCCCUCCUGGAGGUCGCCAAGAGGAGAAAAGCAGAGAAGCAAGCCAAAGAUCAGGCCAAGCAGGCCAAAAGCUUGGACAGCAUCAAUGGCAAUGCGGCCACGGUCCUGGUGUUCAGAGAGCCUGACUUCCACACUAUUAUUCUAGACUGUUCCUCCAUGCCCUUCAUAGAUACCCCCGGGAUGAUGACUUUAAAGAUGGUUAUGAAAGACUACAAAGGAGUCGGGGUCAGAGUGCUGUUGGCCUGCUGUAACCCUCCAGUCAUAGACGCACUGAAACGUGGGUCUGUCUUCGGCCCUGGUCACAAAGAAAUGGACAGUUUGACCUUUCACAGCGUCCAUGGUGCCAUCCUCUUCGCCCAUGAUAGUGAAGAGGCGGUCUGUGAAAUGGGUGUGUAGCGAGGAAGACUCUCAAUUCACAGUACCCACUGUGGACUCCACCAAGCUAACACUUUCUGGUUGUCACAACAAUCCCUAGAUGCAUUGAACGUUAAGACAUGAGGGACAUUACAGGAUAAAUAAAGAAAUGUUGACAGCCAUUCCUGUUAAUUUAAUGAGGAAUGUUGAGGAUUCUUAAAAUGUAUUAAACACAUAUCCUUUGUGAUAUUUUUUUCAUGACUAAAAGAAAACUGUCCUUAUGUUGCAACUACGUUUGUAUGCUAUAUGCUAUAUAACAUUUUCCUGGACAAUCUGGAUCAUAAAAACUUUUACUUCUUUUACCUGUUUUGUGUAAAUUGAGUAAGGUCUUGCCACAAGUCUGGCUAGCUCACUUUAUUAAUAAGAGUAUUGUUAUCUGAGAUGGAAAUCUGGCUAUUUGGGCUGUCAAAAACAGAGGUGAAGCUUAGUCCUGGACUGAAUUCAACAUUUAAUUUAGUCUAGGACUAGGCUUAAUCUGUGUCUGUGAAACUGGUCCUAUAUGCCGGCUUGCCAAGAUCAUCCGUAAUUUCACUACUUUAUGCCAUUAUGCGUAAAAAUCAAGUCUAAUACUGCACAUAUUUAUACACAUUUCUCAGGUUACAGGGAUAGUCCUCAGAAUUGUGUUAAUCACACUGAGGCCAACCUAUAGAUAUUUCAACUCGACCAUUCCCAUUGACUGACUAUGGAGCCUGAACUUAGAUGAUCGGGAAUCUUGUCAGAUGACAUCACCUGAUUGCCUUAUUCUAUGCUGAGAUGUAGCUCUACUAGUUAAUGUUCAGUAAACUGUGCCGAUACUUUGCACUGGUUUCACUGAUAAUGAGGUCAAAGAUUUAAACACAUUCUUUGUUUGUGUUUUUUCAAACAUUCUUUCAAAAGUAUCAAUAACAAAUGUGAAAGUAACUCUUAUAAAUGUCCUUUGUUGAAAUGAAAGCAUUGUAAAGUUUUGUUUGACUAUGCUACGCACAAUAUGAUAGCUUCGAUCAUAUAAGUACAUGAACUUUGUGAUGGUUUCUAGACUUCAUGUGUAUUAAAAAAAUGAAACCAUGAAAAUUAUUCAAAUAAGCACAGUAGGUCUGAAAUAUUAUCUUAGAAAAAAACUCAUUUUAGUCCACUAUGUCAUCGCUGACAUUAUUCAGAUAUUUAUUCUAUAAACAUGUUUAGAAUUAACAAUGAAGAAAGCAUUAUCUAUUUUAUUUCAUCAUUGUUUUUUGCAUUUAGAUUACAUUUUUAGUCAAUGCAUAUAAAACAGUUUAAAUGAGACCACAUCCUGUCCUGGUGUUAAUGUGAUACUGACAAAAACAAUGUUUGGUUAAAUAUUCUUCAGAAAA